UUCGCGUAACACAUCGCCGCGUAAAUGUGAGGCGCAUGUGCUGAAAAAAAACCUGCUUCUCGUGCGUUUUGGCGAGUGAGUCGCGUUAGUGAAACCGACGCGAAAUACACAGUUUGUACGUUCGUUGGUCGAUCGUCCCUCGGUUGUUCGAGCCCAAAAUAUGUGAGAGAGCGUAUGAUGAGCAAGUUUCGCCAGAUGCAUAAUAGGAAAAUUAGCGUGGCCGACAAUACGUUAACGAGCCGGGUUGCUCGAGCACAGUCGAGUCGGUAAUGCCGGGAUUGCCGGGGGUCCCGGGGGAGGAGAUACAGGAAGAAAGCGAACGGUGAACGGCGCAGGCGACGCACCAACGGUGGGAGAAGAUUCGAGAGGGUUGCGAGAGCAGAGCACGUUGAAAGCGAUAGAAGAGAGAAACCAGUGACAGUUUGGAGCGUUUCGAGUCUAUGGCGCGUCGUUCGAACAAAGAGGGUGAGCGAGCGCGAAAGAGAAAGAGGAGAAGUAGGAGUGCAGCGAAGGGUGGGGGUAAGGCAAGGGACGCGCGAGGGUAGGGUAGCGUGCCGAGUUUGUUUAUCGCCUUGGUGAAUGCUCGAGAGCGCGAGUCAGUUGGUCAGUGCAGUGCUGACACUUGGUCCGUCUCGUCGUCUCUGGAGUUGGUUAUAUUAUUGCUCGUUCAACAAUUCGGUACGCGCGCGCGCUCUCUCUUUCUUUCUUUCACUUCCUCUGUCCGUCUCUCUGUCUCUAUCUCUCCCUUCCUUUCUCUCUUCUGCUCUGCUUUCUUCCUCAACUCGUAAAUCCCAACGUUCCGCUGUCAUUAUUUUUUCGUUUAUCGUAUUUAUUGCGCGAUGACCGGUGUGACGUCAGUGUGUUAAAUCUGUCGAAUAAAAGCCAUCAAACAACUCGUGCACAUGUCGACUUUUUCUCAAUCUCCGUACUGAUGAAACGAAAAGUGUGAAAUAUGUCUCAGUUUGACGUAUAAGAGUGUCUCAGUUUCGCGUAAUAUGUUGUAAAAUUUGUUUUCUUCCGUUUGUCAUAACAUUUUAAUUGGACGCACGGCGAGGAUACAUGCAUGCGUGCUACAUGACAGGGAUUGCGUAAAAUUAUUUGAUGACCCGAUGCACGGAUAUCUGGCACGCACACGAUUGAUUCAAAAUUUUCGGGUCCGUCAACGGGUGUGCGCCGCAGACAAAUCUCCUCCGCAACACAAUAAUCCCUUCAAAUGGUAUUGAAUAAAAAAAUCAGUUGGUUUCAUUGGAAUAUUUGACAAGAGUGUCGCGUGUCCGUGUACAUAAAUCCCGAUGGUAAUGUUCCCUCGAAGAGGAUAAGCGAAGAACCCUUCGAAAUCGAAUCCACGACGUUUUGCCACUUGUUCGCUCCGCCGACGCUUGAACCGCCGAAAAAUCAGCCCGACCAGCUGUUCCUCGGCCUCCCACUCUUUCCGAGCGUAUACGUGAACGGCCACGCGGCUUUCGGUACAUCUUUAUAAAAAUCUGGAUACGUGCCAACGGGCUGAAUCCAGCAGCGUGUCGAGGACACGCGAUCCACCUUACACGAGCUCAAAUCGAUCCGCGUAAAAGGAGAUACAUCGCGCUUUCGGAAUAAUCGGAGAAGCGCGCCCGACCUCGUUCUUUAUUUCUCCGGGCGCGAUCUUCCCAUGGAAAUUACCGUUGAUCCUUCUCGCUCUUUCGCCGCCUCCGUCGCAUCACGAGAAGACUCGCCGCGUCGCGCAAUCAGCGUUGAUUAUUCGUGAAUAAAUCGGACCGAGUGAGCGCGGAUCCGUGGCUCGAGUCCGUAGUUGCAACAAAAUAUCUAAAAGAUAAAUAAAUAAGAUAAAUCAGCUGCGCGAUGCGUCUGACCGUGUUUUUAGUGUUUUUCGGGAUCAUUGCGUACGUCGAACGAAUCGCGGGAUCGUCGCCACGUCCGAGGCGGACGCCAAUUUUCAUGAAUGAAUUCGCGGUUCAUGUCCCCGGGGGAAAUGAAAUCGCUGACAGGGUCGCAGCCAAACACGGCUUUCUCAACAAGGGACAGAUUGGAUCACUGAAAAACUACUAUUUGUACAGCCACGCUAAAAUACACAAGAGAUCCCUCGAGACGAGCGACCAUCAUCACAAACUUUUGAACGAGGAAGCGGAGGUACACUGGUUUCAACAACAACACGAAAGAAAGCGUAAAAAGAGAGAUUACGACGGCGGAGCUCCCUUCGGCUAUGGAGAUUAUUCGUCGGUGUUCGAUGUUUAUCCCAGUCAACAACAUCAGGCCCCGUUUCAUCGUCAAAGAAAUCGCGGCGUUCUCCUACAGAAUUUCUUCACCGAUCCUCUCUUCAAAGAGGAAUGGUAUCUGAACGGUGGAGCGAAGGACGGGUUCGAUAUGAACAUUGGUCCCGCGUGGCAAAAGGGUUACACGGGUAAAGGUGUCGUUGUUUCGAUCCUGGAUGACGGUAUACAAACGAAUCAUCCUGAUUUAGCGUUGAAUUACGACCACGAAGCGAGCACGGACAUAAACGACAAUGAUGAUGAUCCCAUGCCUCGGGACAACGGUGACAACAAGCACGGGACUAGAUGCGCAGGCGAGGUUGCCGCGAUCGCUUUCAACCAGUACUGCGGAGUCGGAGUCGCCUACAACUCGAGCAUAGGAGGUGUAAGAAUGCUCGAUGGUCCUGUCAAUGACGCGGUCGAAGCACGCGCCCUUGGUCUAAAUCCAGAUCACAUUGACAUCUACAGCGCUUCGUGGGGGCCCGAGGACGACGGCAAAACGGUCGACGGACCCGGACCUCUCGCUCGGCGAGCUUUUAUCUACGGUGUUACGAGCGGUCGCAGAGGCAAAGGCUCGAUCUUCGUGUGGGCCUCGGGCAACGGGGGACGACACACGGAUUCCUGCAACUGUGACGGUUAUACCAACAGUAUAUUCACGCUUUCGAUAUCGAGCGCGACUCAGGGGGGUUACAAGCCGUGGUAUCUGGAGGAAUGCAGCUCGACUCUGGCCUCAACGUACUCGUCGGGCACACCGGGAAACGACAAGAGCGUAGCGACCGUUGACAUGGACGCGAAACUGCGUCCCGAUCACAUUUGCACGGUCGAGCACACCGGAACUUCGGCUUCGGCUCCCAUCGCCGCUGGAAUAGCCGCUCUCGCUCUUCAGGCCAAUCCCAGCCUCACAUGGCGAGACAUGCAAUAUCUCGUUGUUUUGACCUCGCGCUCGGCACCUCUCGAGAAAGAGCCCGGUUGGAUUCUCAACGGUGUCAAGAGAAAAGUAUCCCACAAGUUUGGUUACGGAUUGAUGGACGCCGGUGCCAUGGUCGAUUUGGCCGAACAGUGGACCAACGUGCCACCUCAGCACAUUUGUAAGUCUCAAGAGAUCAACGAGGAGAGAUCAAUCGAUUCUACGCCGGGUUACACCCUCAGCGUUUAUAUGGACGUCAGCGGUUGUUCCGGUACUCUCAACGAGGUUCGAUUUCUCGAACAUGUCCAAUGCAAGGUCUCGUUGCGGUUCUUCCCACGCGGGAAUCUGCGGCUGCUCCUGACCUCACCGAUGGGCACUACCUCGACGCUCCUCUUCGAGAGACCACGCGACGUUCUCAGCUCCAACUUCGACGACUGGCCGUUCUUGAGCGUUCACUUUUGGGGCGAAAAGGCCGACGGCCGGUGGACCCUUCAGAUCCUCAACGCCGGAAACAGAAGAGUCAAUACACCAGGAAUUCUGAAAAAGUGGCAGCUCAUAUUCUAUGGGACCGCGACGAACCCCAUCAGGAUAAGAACUCGCCCAUUUAAUCCGGUACGGACGUUUUCGGAGCCUGAUUAUACACGCGGAUUUGUCGAUUUGCGCGGCGACCCUCCGCUAAGGGGAGGGCACGCGGGCUUUUCGGAUUUGUUUCAUCGGUCUCCCUUUCAGACGUAUCAAGGAGCGUACGUCGGCUCGGCCUCGAACCUCGAUGCUUCGGUCGCAACCCUGGACGGCUCCGCAGCUCCCAUUUUAACGAAUCGGCUCCCCGGUGAUCGGGCGAGCCCGUCAGCCGCGACCGGUGAUGAUGCUGCGUCCUCCUCGCUCCAGGGCUCGCUCGAUCCCUCGCGACGAAUCUCCCAUGAUUGUGAUCCUCAGUGCGAUCAUCAGGGCUGCUAUGGAAAAGGACCGACUCAAUGCGUCGCUUGUAAAACGCAUCGAUUGGACAACACUUGCGUCAGUCGUUGCCCACCCCGAAGUUUUCCGAAUCAAGGAGGCGUAUGUUGGCCGUGUCACGAAUCGUGCGAAACUUGCGCUGGCGCCGGUCAGGAUUCCUGUCUCUCCUGUGCACCCGCUCAUCUCCGCGUGACCGAUCUAGCUGUCUGCCUGCAACAGUGUCCCGAUGGUUAUUACGAGAAUUCGGAAAACAACACCUGUGUACCGUGCGAGGCGAACUGUGCGAGCUGCCAAGACCGACCGGACCACUGCACGAGUUGCGAGCACCAUCUCGUUAUGCACGAGAACCGAUGUUACGCCGCUUGUCCGACUCGUACGUACGAGACCCAGGAUUACAACUGCGCCCCUUGUCAUUCCACUUGCGAAACUUGUAACGGUACGAGCGAGACACGAUGCAUAAGUUGCCGUCCAGGAUUAUUUUCGUACGCGGGUACUUGCCGAGCCUCUUGUCCACCCGGUUACAGCGCGGACAAAAAACGACGCGAGUGCGUACCCUGUCCACCCGGAUGCUCGGGCUGCUCAUCGGGAAUUUGUACGAGCUGCGUCGACGGAUGGAAUCUUAACAAAAAAGGCCAGUGCGCUCCGGCGGCCAGUUCUCGUUGCGACACUUCCGAGUACUACGAGGACGGACACUGCAAACCUUGUCACUCGACGUGUGAGACCUGUGCUGGUCCUACCGAUGAAAAUUGUGUCUCUUGCCAAGGCUCGCUUUUGCUUCAGGGGAGAAAAUGCGUCAGUCAGUGCGACGACGGCUAUUACUCGGUCGCCCAGCCUUCGAGAUCCGUGUGCUCUCCUUGUUUGCACACAUGUAAAACCUGUGUUUCUCGACUCAAUUGUACUUCCUGCCAGGAAGGACUCGAACUGCAAAGCGGAGAGUGCAGAUCCUCGUGCGCGUCAGGGUAUUACAGCGAUCGCGGACAGUGCUCAAAGUGUUACCUUUCGUGCAAAACGUGCUCGGGACCACGGCGCGAUCAGUGCGUAACUUGUCCGCAAGGCUGGCAAUUGGCUGCGGGUGAAUGUCAUCCCGAGUGUCCUGAGGGUUUCUUCAAAUCGAAUUACGGUUGCCAAAAGUGUCAUCAUUAUUGUCGGACGUGCAAGGGCGAGGGGCCUCUCGAGUGCACUUCCUGUCCCAAUCACUCGAUGUUGGACGGUGGUUUGUGCAUGGAAUGUCUUGGUGCUCAGUAUUACGAUCCCCUGACUCAAUUGUGCAAAACGUGCCACGCCGAUUGCAGGAGAUGCUCCGGUCCCGGUAAAUUUAGCUGCGCCGCUUGCACCACACCCUUGCGUCUCGAUAAGCUCAAUAAUCAGUGCGUCCCCUGUUGUCCCGGGGGGACAAAAAAAUCCGAAACGGACGAGUGCUGUCCGUGUGAUCCGGAAACAGGUGGCUGCAGGAACAGCUCGCCGGCUGGUAAACGAAGAGUACCUGGAUCUGAAUUUCCAGAGCACCAAGAAGAGUUCGCACCAGGCGGUAGCGUAGCAGGAAUGUUUGACAGUAACUCCCCAGAUUCGGCAGCCCUCGCGACAACCGCUGCAACUGCGAUGGCCGUUGCCAUUUGUUUCGCCUCCGUAGCGCUCUUCGCCGCAAUUUUCGUUGCGCUUCAGGCUGCCUCCAAGCGAAAAGAAUCAACGAUCGGGUAUACGAAACUUGCUGUAAGAAUGGAACCGCCGGACGAUGCUGAUGCAGACGACACGAGCGAACUCAUGACCUAAACUUAUGAAAAAAUCUCAAUUUUUCACUCGGCAAAAACGUUCGUCGCCGAUUUCGCUCUUGAACUUUGAUGGAAUCGCAGAUAUAUCGCUCCCGAUGCGACAACGCCCGCGCUACUCGUUCUUCUACAUUUUUAAUAAAAACUUACACUCGUAAAAGAAGAACCGAAGCGGAAAAAACGAGAUCGAACCAAUUGUGCAGUGAAUGUGACUUUCUUUUCCAACGAGUGCUCUUCCUAUGUUCGAGCGCGGAUCAACGGGGCUCGAGUGAACGUAUUAAAAGCGAGACAGAGACAGACAAAGAGAGAGGGAAAGGAGGAGGGACGAAUGAAUCUUGCGCGAAUCUGACAUUUUUAAAUAAUAAUAAUGAUAAUGAUAAUGAUAAUAGCGAUGUGAUCGGCGUUCAAGCGAUUUGCCCUUUUUCUCUCUCUCUCUCUCUUUUCCUUUCUCUCCUCCGUGUGCCAGUGGAGAUUAUUGUGAGUCAAAAAAGUAACGGUAAACAUACAUGCAUCGAGAUUCAUCCAGGGUAUCCAUGGCGCGUGAUGGGUAUAGGCGAAAGCGAGCAACCAAUGAAUCAAGGGAUAUUGUUAAGUGCCUGAUUAGUCACACCCGUAAACCCUGUACCUCUCGUAUCCCACGGACGAAAAAUAAGUAUUAAAAAGCCGUUUCUCACCGAAUUGAGGAAAAAGAAAUACAUCUUGGCAAGAGAGUGAAAUGAAGAUGUAUUUUUAUUCAAAUACCAACAACUGUCAGCGUUUCCGCAUGGUGAAAAAUGUGUAUGUGGAUACGGUUAGAAAAAAAAAGGACGAUACGAGCAAGGCGAGAAAAACAACGAUUCAUCGCGUACACAUAAUCGGUAUUCUCUUGCCGUUCUUAAUGUACAUUUGUAAAAAAAAAAAACUCAACAUGCAUAGAUACACUUACACGUACACACAGAAGUUGAACAGAAGUACAAGGAGAGCGAGACGGAGGGAGGCAGGAAAAACCUUUUGAGGAAUUGAAAUGAGUAAAUGUAGUGUGAAAAAAACGUAAAUUUAUGGGCCAGUGUCCGGUUACUCAAGAUAAUAUUCUCGAGCGAUAGACCGUUAGUUCGUCAACACACACGCCCGAAAAAAAUUUAAAAAACCAAUAUCUGAAAAAAAUGUCUUCUCGACACAAAUGAAUUAGCGUUAUCGCCCAAUUAUUGGACGCAUCGAAGACACUCUCUGUACGGAUUAUCCAGGGACCGUCGCAAGUUGCGUUUUGUAAUUAUUUGUUAUUCUAUUGUCUACGUGUUUUAUUUCAUUUUUAUUUGUUUCAUACGACACUUUGAGCGUCAUAUAUUAUUGUGUACCAGCCCUAAUUUCCCCAUUUCGUUCGUAAGAGGCACAAGUUGUAACUCGUACGAGAGGGGAAAAACGACGAUAGUUCCCCGAGAAUGAAAAAAUAAAAACGAAAGGCCAGAUACGGAACUAAUUGAACUCCGAUGUACACAACCCAAUCGCUCGCUGCUGCUACUGCAAUGAAAAUCUACCUUAACUAAUCCUAUCUGCGCCUAUCGUGUGAAUAUUGAAUUUCUCCUUGUGAUUUGAUAUAAUGCUAUUAUUGUACUUUUAUGAUGAACGCAAUUAUAAAUAUAUACAUAUAUAUCUACUAAA